AUGAAUGCCGAUGAAGAUGCUGAAGGACCAGCAGAACAAGGCGGUGAAGAGAAAGUUCGUACAAUUGAUAUCGUGCAAAGCUUUAAUUUGCAAGAAUACCCAGCCGACAAAGCUUUUUUCAAAUCUUAUUUCGCCUCUUACCUCAAAACUGUUUUGAUGCCUACAGUGCCGGAAGACAAAAUGGCUACUUUCAAACCCGCUGCUGAAGCUCUUUACAAGAAAAUGGUCAAAGAAUUUAGUAACGCUUCAAUAUAUUUUGCUGCAGGUGCAGCUGAAUGUGAAGACAUUAAUAAGUGUCAUCCCAUCUACGCAUACUGGGCGGGAGAAGAGGAAUCACCAAGAUUUAUUUAUUUCAAACACGGCCCAAGUAUAGUACAAGUCCAGCAGCGCAUAUAUAUAUCAUCGUGCACUUGUAACCCCCAGCUGCAUCCAUUCAACAUUUCACCCUUCUCUCCCUUCUCUAGCUCUUCGAGAAGUUUGAAUGACGUAUAUUUUAAAUUAACUAAGGACGGACAAACUCUAGGUGAGCUUCAAUUCGAACUUUUUAAGAAUGUUGUUCCAAGAACAGCUGAGAAUUUCCGCCAACUCUGCAUUGGCUACAAAGAUUCUCAGAUUGGAAAGACUAUAGGUUACGCCAAAAGUCAUUUUCACCGAAUCAUUCCUGAUUUCAUGGCUCAAGGAGGAGAUUUUGAGAAUGGUAAUGGAACUGGUGGUCGUUCGAUUUACGGGGCUCGAUUUGCUGAUGAAAACUUUACUAUCAAGCAUGAUCAAAGAGGACUUUUAUCCAUGGCAAACGCCGGUCCUAACACCAAUGGUUCUCAAUUUUUCAUAACUUUCGUAAAAACUCCACAUUUAGAUGGAAAACACGUCGUAUUCGGACGUCUUGUUAAAGGAUUUGAAGUUUUAGAUGAGAUCGAAAAAGUCGGAUCAAGUAGCGGUAGACCAACUUCUGUUAUUAAGAUAGAAGAAUGUGGUCUUGUCCAAGAUGCAAACAACGAACUUUAA